UCGCCGUUGUACUGCUACCUCAUCAGCACCGUGCAUCCCGACUUGCCCUUCAUCCUCCCUUCACAUGGACCUUGCUCCUUCGUAAAUGCUCUGCCUUUGCCCCUGGUGUUCCCACUUGCUUGCUCUCCUAGAAUAGCAACUACCGUCAAGCUGCGCCGCGGAAGACAGGAGGUCAGGCAAAGGAGCGAAUACGACAUUCGACUUUGGUUCCUCGCACGCCUGCGAAACACCUCUUCCACAGAGAGACUGCACGCUGGGCUGGCGUGGGCACAGUCAUGGCCUUCCUCCUUCAUCCGAUCCAGUACGCCGUCCAACGCUGCGUAGACUCAAUAGUGCAAACCCCAGAGCGCGGUGCAAGGAUCUCGGGAAAGACGACGUUGCAAGACCUCGAUGUGGCCGCCAAUGCUCCCCCAACCAGGACGAGCAGGAUACGCAACCCUUUUGCCUCGGCCUCCUCUGCAGAUCCUCCUCCUCCUCCUCUCGAAGCGGAAUCCCUCGCCUUCUCCCCGGACGUGGGCUUUCAACCAACUUACUUGCCCCCACCUCUUUGGAAGCGACCUCACACCUCCGUAGAGGCGCAAAGGCUGUACAAUCAUGCCCGCACCGUAGCUUGGUAUGCGGAUAGUCUACCGUUGCUGGAGACUUGGCGAUUCUUACCCUUCAAUGUAGGGGUGGACUCAAUCAUUGGACUAGUGCCCGGGCUGGGAGAUAUAGCGGGUGCAAUCAUUGGGGUGUACUUGGUGGGCAUCGUAGCACUCUUUGGGUUGCCAAUCAGGUUGGUGGGCAUCAUGCUGCUCCUCGUGACGCUCGAUACACUCGUAGGCGCAGUACCAUUAGUGGGAGAUGCUCUGGAUGUUGCUUUUAAGUCAAACUUGUACAUCCUCUACCUCCUCGAGCACCAUCUGGUCGCUUCAGGGGGCAAAUGUGGGGCAGGAACUUUCCAAGUAGUCAUGCCGCCGUCAGGGGUAUGGUUCAAGCAGACGAGGGGAGCAAGACGAGCGGGACCGCCCCCGGGGCUUAGGACCGCCGAAAGCAUUGCAAUGCAGCCGCAGCAGCCAGCGCUCGCAACGUCUCCUCGUGCUCCACCUGCGUCGUCCCCCGGCAUAGCACCCCCACCAGACGUGCUAAACGCCUCGAUCAGAGCAGGGGGGAGCAGCACAAGCGGUAGUAGCAGCGGCAUCAACGCAGGUGGCGGAGGACCAGCAGGCAGUACUCAGACUGAACGCUCCAUUCCUCGUCGGCCCAUGGCUCCCUUUGAGGGGCAACAUCUCCCUGCGAUGCCUCUCUCAUUACCUUCGGAAUUCAGAGCAAGCGAGGAGAUCCAAGAGCAGGCAGCGGCGCGUUCUGAUUCAAAUAGCAAUGGGCACGGCAGUCGUAGAGAUGCGGAGUCAGCGCCUCUGCUUGCAAGUGCACUUGCACAUGGCAGCGCAGACAAGGAUGCGCACCAUAGUGACGACGAGUACGACGACGAUGAGGACGAAGAGUCGGACGGGCAGCAACCCCCACGCCUCGUCUUCCCGGACAUGGUCACCUCACCUGGGCGACCUCGAGUGGCAAGCAGCAGUGGAGGUACAAUGAUCAGCCGCAGCCGUAGUCGAAGCAAACUGCGUGAUCAACGUCGACCUCGCGGCGUCUCAUGGCAUGCCGACAUUCAGGGAGGGUACGCAGACGGAUCACUUGAUGGCCAUGACAGCGACGAUGCUGCUACCACCACCGCUCUUGAUGACAGCGAUGUAGAAUCGCAUCGCCUCUCCCGGCAACCCUCGACACCCAGCAUAUCCGUCGCAGGUCGACGACGGCGGUACCUCCUCAUCUACUCAGCCAUAUUUGCUAUCGCAUACGUCACCUCCCUCGACGCCAACACAGGCUACCUCUACCUCAACUUUGCCUGCUCAGAGUUUGGCGCCCUCGCUUCCUUCAGCACCGUAGCCAUUUGCCAGCAGAUGGUCUUCGCCAUUGCGAAACCACCCAUUGCCAAGCUUUCCGACGUCUUCGGUCGUGCGGAGGCUUUCUUGUUCGCGCUGGCCAUGUACUCGAGCGGGUACGCAGUUGUGGCUAGCGCGAAUAGCUUGCAAGGCUUGAUAGGUGGAAUCGUGCUGCAGAGUGCGGGAAACACGGGAGUGCAGGUGUUGCAGAGUAUCGUCAUUGCAGACCUCACGACCGCGAAGUGGCGCGGCCUGGUCAUCAGUCUGGUCAACCUACCGUAUCUCAUCAACUUUGCGGUCGCGGGACCUUUGGUGGACGCAGUGAUGCAGAGUUACGGCUGGAGGGUCGGGUACGGAAUGUGGAGCCUCGUGGUGCCCAUGGCAGCCGCUCCGCUCGUCAUUGUGCUCGCCGUUGGGCAGAAACAGGCUCGAGAUGCAGGGCUGCUAGAGCAACGCCGGGUUUUCGGUCGCGGCUGUGGCGCCGCAGUCACCCACAUCUCAAGGGAGAUCGAUGCACUAGGUCUCGCCCUCUUCACCCUAGCCUGGACUCUCCUGCUUGGCCCGCUCACACUCGCCGGCCACGGAGCUUCCGCCUCGACGUCCCGCACAGCAGCCAUUGCCUCGAUGUGCAUUGGCUGCCUACUCCUCAUAGCCUUCACCUGGUGGGAACGCCGAGCUUCCAACCCUAUCAUGCCGCUGCGCUUCCUGGGGAAUGGGGCCGUUGUCUGCAUCUGUCUCAUCGGAGUUCUGGACUUCGCCUCCUUCUACCUCAGCUGGACGUACCUCUCUGCCUUUGUGCAGAUCGUCAAGGAUUGGGGCCAGACGCAGACUGGCUAUUUCGCCACCACUCAAAACGUCACCUCCACCAUCGUCGGGAUCAUCGUGGGGUCGCUGAUGGCCUGUACAAGACGGUUCAAGCUCUUCCUCGUUGGCGGAGUGGUGGUGCGCUUCGUGGGUGUGGCGCUCAUGAUUCGCUACCGCAACAGCCACGACCCCACCGUGAUGCUCGUGCUCUGCCAGCUCCUCCAAGGGAUAGGAGGCGGAAGUGUAGCCAUCACGAUGCAGAUCGCGGCCCAAGUCUGCGUCCGACACGCGGAUGUGGCCAUCGUGACCGCUCUCGAGCUUCUCACGACGGAGAUAGGCGCAGCAAUGGGCAGUGCGGCUGCUGGGCUCAUCUUCUCGACACUGCUACCCGCGAAGUUGCGCGAGACCUUGGGGCCGGGCAUACCAGAGGCUGAGCUUCGCGAGAUCUACGGGAGCUUGAGCAAGGCGACCAGCUUCCCCAUGGGAUCGCCAGAGAGGAGCGCAAUCGUUGAGGCGUGGACCGAGACGAUGAAGCAUCUGUGCGUGGUGGCGACGGUGAUAUUGGUGCCGACUCUUCCUCUCGCCUUGGCCGUACCAGACUUCGUACUACCGGAUUCGCACAAGCGUGCGACUGCAGGCGAAGACUCGCAUCAUCAUCACCACCACCAUCAUCGCCACUCGUCACAUCGCAGCUCGCUCAGCCAUUUGCGCUCUGAGCGACAGCCGCUGCGCCGUAGUAGUAUCGUGUCUGCACCGCUGCCGAGCAGCAACGGCGGCAGUAUCGGUCGAGGCGAAGGAAAGAAGGUCAAGGAGGCUGAGGUGGAAGCGUAUCGUAUUUGAGCUGAGAUAUCGAGAGCGGCGAGCAUAAUUUGCAUCUGUACACGACCGCAGCAUCGUUGAGGAAUACUACAUCUGCUUGCACUGCCUC